AUGCAAACUAUUUAUGAACCCAUUUUCAUUGCUGACUAUAAUUUCCCUAUUGGUCUAUUCCAAAAAUUAACACCAUUAGUAUAUUUAGCAAUAAACUCUAAUGAAUCAAAUGAAACUCAGCAAAAUGGUCAGUUGGCAAUCUUUAUUCAGACUCAAUGGCAUAUUGGUUCUUCAUCUACUUCACAUAUAAUAGUUCUCUUGUCUUUAGUAGACUCUAUCCAUGGCAAACCUGUUUAUGCCGAGUAUAUUAAUGAAAAACAAGAUCCAUUUAUCAAUAUUAAAUUUCUAUCAGAAUUCAAAACAACUAAUGUGCAGAGUGCAAAUGAAGAUAAAAUAUUUGUACCUUGGUCAUGGGUGAAAUCUCACUAUCAAAUUUGCUGA